UAGAUACGGGGCUAAACAAUCUUCUUCAAUCUCCUGGACUCUAUUUACAAUAAACGGAGUUUUGAGAUCCCUUUUAAUUUCCGGACAUUGAGGCCUUAAAGGCCCGUUUCCACUACUGCGUAUGCGUUGCGGUGCGUAUGCGUUUCUCCAAUCAGCGAGCGAAUUCACUUUGAUUGACAUCUGCAAUCCGGUCGGUGUGCGGUGACGGAUGACAUACGGAUGGAGUUCAACAAUGUUCAACUUCUAUCCGUCAUCUCCGCAAUACGGAGGGGUCACGUGCCAUAAAGAAGCCAAUGGAAUCAACGAUUUCGACAAUGCUUGUUUUCAACAACAACAAAAAAAAAAAAAAAAAAAAAAAAAAAAAAAAAAAAAAAUUGGAGAAUGCAAUGGAUGUGAAUGAAAUGCUUAUAGAUGAAGUUCAGCGACAUCCAGUGUUGUACGAUGUGACAAGUUCCAAAUACAAAGAUACAUAUAUCAGAAGAAAUGCGUGGCGGGAAAUCAGCCGUACUUUAAAUAUUAGCGAGGCAGAAUGCCAAGCAAAGUGGCGUCUCUUAAGAGACACCUACGUAAGGCGCCGGAAAAAACUACCGAGUGGCAGUGCGGCACAGUUUCAGCGCCCUUGGAAGUAUGCCGACAUGAUGAGCUUUUUGCUCCCAUAUACAUUACCAAGGAAAUCAAUAUCAAAUAUUCCGUUACUAGAGGAGGCAACAAAUGAUGAACUAAAUGUCUCCCUGGAAAAUAAUGAAAAUGAUAGUAAUGAAGAUGAAGGCUUCAGAAUCGGCAGCCAAGUUACUAUUAUUGAGGAGGGCAGUACGUCAGCCACACCGAUUUCCCUGUUUAUGGGGAGUCAAGUACCUCAACUCCACAAGCUGUAUUGCUUCACUUGCUGCUCUCAUCCUUUGUAA